AUAACUCUGAUGUUUCCAUGGGAUCUGAUGUGCUUGAAAACGUGGAGGUUGACUUUGGCAUCCUUUUUGAUGUUGAUGGUGUGUUAGCACGAGGAAGCACGCCCCUUGAACCUGCAAAGAAGGCCAUUGAUAAAUUGAAAGAUGCAGAUGGCAAGCUCAAAGUCCCUGUUGCAUUUGUGACCAAUGCCUGCAAUAGGAGUGCUGAUAAAGCAAGGCAGAUAAGCAGUUGGUUUGAAAUUGAUGUCUCCCCAGAUCAUGUUAUCCAUGCUCCAACACCAGCCAAACUUCUCCGUGAAUUUCAUAACAAACACACACUGGUCAUUGGGCAAGAACACAGACUGGAGAUUGCAAAAGAUCUCGGUUUUACUGAUUUAUGCACAAUUGAAGAUAUCAAGGAGGCCUACCCACUGCUGGACAUGGUUGACCAUCAAAACAGAGCCACUGUGGCAAAUACAGACUACACUGAAAAUCCCAGUUUUCCCAAAAUUGAUGUAAUUCUUCUGAUUGGAGAACCUUGUCGCUGGGAAACAAGUCUCCAGCUGCUCAUUGAUUUGCUUUUGACCGAGGGCAAACCAACCCAUGCUCCCACAGAUCUUCACAAUGUGCCCCAGAUUCCUGUUAUUGCCUGCAACAUGGAUCUUGUCUUUAUGGCAGAGGCCUGCAUGCCACGCUAUGGUCAUGGUGCUUUUCUGUUGUGUCUAGAAGCAUUGUAUAAGAAACUGACAGGGAAAGACCUGGCCUACACAAGUCUUGUUGGCAAGCCCUGCGAGAUAACGUACAGAUUUGCCGAACACACCAUUUCAAAAAUUGCAAAACAGAUGGGUAUCACCAGACCAAUCAGACGACUCUAUUUCUUCGGCGACAACCCACAUGUGGAUAUUGUUGGAGCUAACUUGUACGACCGCUACAUCAAGAGAAAAGAUGACAAUGCCAACUCAGUUGACCUUCCCGUGUCUCGCAUCAUCCCCAAAAGUGAAGAGCUGCACGAACAAACUGUGGAAAACUGCCACAGCCUCCUAGUGGGCACCGGGGUCUACAAACACAAACCAGGAGAGGAACUCAACGUCAACGCCAACAGCGAUGUUUACCAUGGUCACAGAGAUAUCGCUCAUGAGCCCGAACUGUCCAAACCACACAGAUAUGUCCAUGAUGUCAAUGAAGGGAUUGACUACAUCUUCAGAAAGGAGUGUUUUUUGUAA